ACAUCGUCAUUACACCCAAAGCAACACCCCAACCCGCAGCGAUACGAUACUCCCUAGCUGGUCACAGCAACGACAGACCCUCCCCAUACUUCUAUAUAAUUUUGCACCACCAGUCGAGAGACGGGGAUCGCUCAACCCGAGACUCGAGUUUCCGUAAUAUACCUAGAGGAACAAAUUUAACAGCUCCGUUCCUCCAACACCAACGCUAAGCUUGGCCCGAACCCCCGUAGCGAGAUAUGGCCGACAACCAGCAAGCCGAGAUCGAGGCGAUCCGGCCGUUCGGUAAGGCCCGCUCUACCGUCAAGGGUGAGCCCUUAUCGGAGGAGGAGAUCAAGCUAUACAAUGACUUCUUCAAGGCUAGCUUGUAUCUCAGCGUCGGCAUGAUCUACCUCAAGCAGAACCCUCUGCUGAGAGAACCCUUGAAGGUUGAGCAUAUCAAGGGCCGUCAACUGGGCCACUUCGGAUCUGCUCCCGGCCAGAUCUUCACCUACAUGCACUUCAACCGGUUGAUCAAGAAGUAUGACCUUGACGCUCUCUUCGUCUCCGGCCCGGGGCACGGCGCUCCCGCCGUCAUCUCCCAGGCUUAUCUCGAGGGCACCUACUCCGAGGUCUACCCCCAGAAAACCGAAGACCCCGCUGGUCUGCAGAUAUUUUUCAAGCAGUUCAGCUUCCCCGGCGGCAUCGGGUCUCACGCGACCCCGGAGACCCCCGGUAGUCUCCACGAGGGCGGCGAGCUGGGAUAUUCCGUUUCGCACGCCUUCGGCACCGUUUUUGACAACCCCAACCUGAUCACGGUGACCAUGGUCGGCGAUGGCGAGGCCGAGACUGGUCCGCUGGCCGCGGCCUGGCACAGCACCAAAUUCCUGAACCCCAUCUGCGACGGCGCGGUGCUCCCCGUGCUACAUCUCAACGGCUACAAGAUCAACAACCCGACCGUGCUCGCCCGCAUCAGCCACAAGGAGCUGGAGCAGCUAUUCUUGGGCUACGGCUGGCAGCCGUACUUCGUCGAAGGCGACGAGAUUGAGUCGAUGCAUCAGGCCAUGGCUGCCACCCUCGAACACUGUGUUCAGGAAAUCCGGAAGUUCCAGAAAGAGGCUCGCGAUUCCGGCAAGCCGUUCCGCCCGCGGUGGCCCAUGAUUGUCCUCCGUACGCCCAAGGGUUGGACGGCGCCGCGUAAGGUAAACGGCCAUUACCUAUCUGGGUUCUGGCGUUCCCACCAAGUGCCUAUCACCGGCACCACGACGAACCCGGCUGAGCUCAAGCUUCUCGAGGAAUGGAUGCGCGCGUAUGAGCCCGAACGCAUCUUCGGAGAGGAGGGUAGGAUCUCAGAUGAGUUGAAGGCGCUAUGUCCCACAGGCAACAGGCGCAUGAGUGCAAAUCCCGUUGCCAACGGCGGGGUGCUCUCAAAGCCGCUAGUGAUGCCUGACUUCCGAGACUACGCUAUCAACGUGGUAAAUUCCGGCGCAACUGUUGAUGCUAGCAUGGCGAACUUCGCUAAGUUCCUUCGCGACAUCAUUCGAAACAACCCCCACAACUUCCGCUUGAUGGGUCCCGACGAGACCGAGUCCAACAAGCUGGCUGCCGUGUACGAGGCUGGAAAGAAGGUAUGGUUGGGCGAUUACUUUGAAGAAGACGGAGACGGUGGCAAUCUAUCCCCCUUUGGAAGGGUCAUGGAGAUUCUGUCUGAGCAUACUUGCGAGGGUUGGCUGGAAGGCUAUAUCCUUAGCGGCCGACACGGCAUGCUGAACAGCUACGAGCCAUUUAUUCAUGUCAUCGACUCCAUGGUUAACCAGCACUGCAAAUGGCUUGAGAAGUCCCUCGAGGUCGAGUGGCGUGUGAAAGUACCGUCUCUCAACAUCCUCUUGACUGCCGUUGUCUGGAGGCAGGACCACAACGGCUUCACGCACCAAGACCCUGGUUUCUUGGAUGUAAUUUGCAACAAGAGCCCGGAGGUUGUCCGCAUCUACCUCCCACCCGAUGGGAACUGCCUCCUCUCAGUCAUGGACCAUUGCUUCCGGUCGCAGAACUACGUCAACGUGGUAGUCGCAGACAAGCAGCCUCACAUCCAGUACCUCACAAUGGAGCAAGCUAUCGAGCACUGCACCAAGGGAAUCGGCAUCUGGCCUCAAUUCUCUACAGAUGCGCUCGAGGAGCCCGAUAUCGUCAUGGCCAGCUGCGGCGAUGUUUCGACAAACGAGUCACUCGCCGCCAUAGACCUCAUGCUCCAGCUUUUCCCCGAACUCAAAAUCCGCUGCGUCAACGUCGUCGACCUUUUCAAACUAAUCCACCACACAGACCACCCGCACGGCAUCACGGACAAAGAAUGGGUUGCCCUGUUCACGGCAAAUAAACCCAUCAUAUUCAACUUCCACUCGUACCCUUGGCUGGUCCACCGCUUGACAUACAAGCGACCCGGCAACGGGAACUUGCACGUCAGAGGCUACAAGGAGAAGGGCAACAUCGACACGCCGCUGGAGCUGGCCAUCCGCAACCAGACGGACCGCUUCAGCCUAGCGAUGGACGCCAUCGACCGCAUGCCGCACCUCGGCAACCGCGGCGCCGCAGCGCGCGACGCCCUAAGGAACCAGCAGAUUGCUGCUUCCAAUUAUUCGUUUGAGCACGGCGUCGAUCCUAAGGCUCUGAGCGACUGGACCUUCCCCCAAGACGGCAUCAGGGAGAGGAUGGAGAGGCUCAGGGUUACCUGGUAAUGCAAGCCGCUGUUGGUUGCACUAGACGGAAUUGACCUCGUAUAGAGGUUUCCUUACUACAGACUGGUAGGAUGGGACUGCAAAUGUAAACUCGAAAUAGACGAAAAGACGCGAAAGGCUUAAGACAUCGGUAAUGAGGGAAACGGGAAGGGGGUUAUUGAGGCUAUGGGUUUCACGAACGGUUUUCGGGGCGGUUUUUUCCUCUCAGUUUUAAUGUACCACUGAUGUCACGAUACGAAUGGGGAAUUUCGCAGUGCAAAUUAAUCGAAGAUUUAUGAGACAUCACACCUCGUUUCUCUCUGUGUAUGUCUGUGUCAAAUAUGACAGCUCCAAGCACGCAUGGCGUUUAAUGAGUAAGAGUCUGGCUGCAUAGUAAUAUUAUCUAUACAAACCA